CAUCUCUCCGUGAAUCAUGCGAUCGGUCGAUCUCUGUCCAUCCAUCCACCAUCCACUUUUCUCACUCCCCAACAGAUCCAACUAACUUGCGCUCUGUGUCUGACCACCGUCUUGCCGCCACUAUCUCCGCCGCCCCCCGUCCCCUUCCUUCAAAUCCGAUCCCUCACGGCACUCUCUCUCUCUCUCUCUCUCUCUCUCUCUCUUGAUGGCUUGGGUCCGAAGCUUCACUCGCCUCUCCCGCUCCUCCUCCAUAUGGAAGCCGGCGAAUCGAUUCACUUCUACGAUCUCCGCCGAUCCGGGUUUGGCAGGCUUCAGCUCCUCCGGAUCCGCCUUCCACGCGGGACUCGGGCCCACGAGUCCCGGCCUGGACAAGCCGAGGUUAGUGGUGCUGGGGACCGGUUGGGCGGGAUGCAGGCUGAUGAAGAGCGUCGAUGCCGGCCUCUACGACAUCGUCUGCGUCUCCCCACGGAACCACAUGGUCUUCACCCCGCUCCUCGCCUCCACCUGCGUCGGCACCCUCGAGUUCCGCUCUGUCGCGGAGCCCAUCGGUCGCAUCCAGCCGGCUAUCUCCACCGCCCCCGAUUCGUACUUCUUCCUCGCCCGCUGCACCGCCAUCGACCCUGAUGCGCACACAGUACAUUGUGAAUCUGUUACUGAUCAAGGGGGUGUUAGAGAUGCUGUGGAACCAUGGAAAUUUACGGUAUCGUAUGACAAGUUGGUUAUUGCAGCUGGAGCAGAGGCCUCAACUUUUGGUAUAAAUGGUGUUAAAGAGCAUGCAAUCUUUUUGCGUGAAGUUCACCAUGCCCAAGAAAUUCGAAGAAGGCUACUCCUCAAUCUGAUGCUAUCUGAUGUGCCUGGUAUAUCAGAGGAUGAAAAGAAGAGACUAUUGCAUUGUGUUGUUAUCGGUGGUGGUCCUACUGGUGUUGAGUUCAGUGGUGAACUUAGUGAUUUCAUCAUCAAAGAUGUCCACGAACGCUACUCACAUGUUAAAGAUUUUAUCCAUGUCACCUUAAUUGAGGCAAAUGAGAUAUUAUCAUCAUUUGAUGUUCGUCUCAGACAAUAUGCCACAAAACAAUUAACUAAGUCAGGAGUUCGUCUUGUGCGUGGGGUUGUAAAAGAUGUUCAACCGGAAAAAGUUAUUCUUAACGAUGGAACAGAGGUUCCAUAUGGGCUUCUUGUUUGGUCUACUGGUGUUGGUCCUUCACCAUUCGUUAAGUCCUUAUAUUUUCCGAAGUCACCUGGCGGAAGGAUAGGUGUUGAUGAUUGGUUACGCAUUCCUUCUGUACAGGAUGUGUUUGCAAUAGGUGACUGUAGUGGUUUUCUUGAAACUACUGGAAAACCAACAUUACCAGCACUGGCACAGGUUGCAGAAAGGCAGGGGAAAUAUCUGUCUAACCUGUUGAACCAAAUUGGUAAAGCUGGUGGAGGAUAUAGAAAUGCUGCAGAAAAUCUAGAACUUGGUGAUCCUUUUGUAUAUAGGCAUCUAGGAAGCAUGGCAACAGUUGGAAGAUACAAAGCUCUUGUAGAUCUCAGGCAAAACAAGGAGGAUAAGGGGCUUUCUCUUACGGGUUUCAUUAGCUGGUUCAUCUGGCGAUCAGCAUAUUUAACACGUGUGAUAAGUUGGAGGAACAGAUUCUAUGUUGCAAUUAACUGGCUCACUACAUUUGUAUUCGGUCGUGAUAUAAGCCGCAUCUAAAAUGAGAAAUCCAGGCCACUUGCAUCCUUUUUGACAAAUCAUGUCAGAUCAGUUACGAGGAAAUGCAAGAUGUAAUUCAUACAUUUAAUGUGGUGCCAUGAAUCAAUAUUGUGUGCUCUGAAGCCAUGAGGGUGAUUAAAGCUGGCAAAUUAUUGCUUCAUUUGUGAGUGUUCUACUCGUAUAGGCUCAUAUAAUGGAUAUGUAACUAUAUACUAUUUUGAUUACAUGUCUUCUUGUCAAGGCAAAGAAGAUGGAUUGUGCUCUAUAAUUUUGAAGCAUCAUCAUUUGUGUUCAGAACUUAUGAUUGUGAAGCCUUGAUGUUGACUUUAAUACAAUAUACACGUAAUCGAUGUCUUAUCAAAUGAUUUAUCCUUAUAA